UGUGGUAAAGAGACGGACCUGAAAAUGAAGGCAACACGCUUCGUGCACGAACGUGUAAACAUGGAUAAUGACUCAAAUUCCGAAGAUGAAGAGGUAGCAUGGAUAAUCAUAAUAUAUCUACUAUAAAUCAGAUUUAAUUUAAAUGUUACUGACUAUUAGUUUCUUUUAUUUAUCUUUAGGAAUAGCCUAAUCAAAUGCUUAGAAAAUCCAACCCUCGCUUUUCGGAAAAAGUUGAAAAAGUAAGGUCUGCCUAACUAACUAAACUAAACUAAACUGAAUGCUAAAAUUGAGUGAACAUUUGUCAUUUUCAACCAAGCCUAUUUCAUUUUAUACAUUAGUUUUGGACCAUAUGAAUAUGAUGAGAUAGGAUUUAGCCUAUACAAGAAGGCAUUCAUGUCUUAUAUCGAUCAUAAACUUUCACCUUUCUUGGUCUUAACCCGGACAUGUAGACACUGCCUUAAUUUUAAUGCUGCUGGGUUGGCUAAUCACUAAAUGAUCAAUGAAAAUUAUAAUAUAAUAAUAAUAUAAUUUUAAAUUUGAUUAAUAAUUAAUAUUUUCAUAGCAAUAGUAUUUAGUAAUAGAUGCGUUAGGCAAGAACUAAAUAUAAAAUAAUAAAUAAGUGAUUUACUUUAACUUGCUAUAAGUUAUAAGUUUAGUAAUAGGCAGUGCCAGUGUCUACCUGUCCUGCGGCUGAACAAAUUGUGUGGGAGAUAUUCUUCCGGCGGGCAUAUCACAUGACCGCCAGACGACUAGUAUGUGUUAUUAUUCUGGCAGACAUAUCAAGUGACAAGAGGUCACUAGAAAUUUGAAAAAAAAAAGUCUGUUAUCUUGGUUUAAAUAUCUUAUAAACUUUAUAAUAAAGCUCUACUCUAAUUAGUAGCCUAAAUUUAAAAUAUGAACCAAAGAAAAUUAGACCAAUACUUGCUAGUUGACUGUCAAUAGACCUACUACUGAGCCUAUUGUCAAAAAUGUUUUAUUUUAGGCUAUUAACAAAUAAUUAAAAUUGCGUGAGAAGUAGGCUACCCCAACAUGACACUACAUUGGGCCUAUAUUAAGAAAAUGUUGGGUCUUUUUCUUUGUGAACUUUCUUAAUUAUUUAUCACCCUCACUAUCAUUUUUAUCCUUUCUCUCUCGCUCUCAGUAUUUCUUCCUUCUGGUAUGCAUUCCUCCCCCCCCCCCCCCUUCUAUUUCUUGAAAUGAAGUGUAUACCCGUCGCCCCAUGCAUCUCAGACGCCAGUUGUAUGAUCGACUAUUAGCGGUCACGUGACAAGGCUGACGGACAGAUAUCCAGCCAUACCUUGUUACGGCCGUCUUGUGACCUGGUCGCCAGACAAAUAUCUCGAGAGUUUAUUCACCCUGUCGCCGGAGAUGUCAGUAGUAAUACUGAUGUUAAUAAUAAUGAGCCUACUUCUUCUACUAAGUCAUAGGAACUGUUUCGAAAAUGAAGUGUAGGCCAAUGAAUAAGAAUUUUUGUAAGGAUAAGAUACGCCUACAGAUUUUUUUGUAAUUUUACCCAAUCUGUGUCACUUAUUUUCCAUGGCUGCCAUCUUGGUUGCCAUACAGUAGGUGUCAGUGGCAACCAAGAUGGUGGGUGUGGAAAAAAAAAUGUAGUACAAACACACAUCUGCUAAAAUGGAGAGGGGAAAGAGAGAAAUUAUACUGUUUUAGAUAAUUACAGAAACUAAAAUAGGAACAAAACAUUAACAUUUAAUUAAAUAAUUUCCGCCAGUACAUUAAAUUGGGGAUGAACCUAGGAUCUUUAUUGUGUCCCCAUAGAUGUGGGAAAAGAAGUGUAAACACUCUGCGGUCGACCCGUUUCCUGGCGUAUUUUCGGCACAUUAAGUUCGUGUCAAACAGCAACUUUAUUGUAUCCCUCAAGAAAUGCAACAAGAUGUGUCAAUGACCUGUGGUCUCCCCCUUUCCUGGCAUAAUUUCACAUGGUAAAUGCUUCCUUCCCUUAAGUUAAGCACAUGUGCUAUAAUUGCACAAUGUGGUAAGAAAAACAAUACAAAAUAAUUUUAAAAUAAUGAAAACCCAACUUACAUAGAGUACACCUUGACACAAAUUAUUGCAGUUUCCAACAAAAAGAAAAUCCAAAAGUUAUCAGAGAAUCAAAUACAAUACUAUACUCAAUUUCCCUAAUGCCGGAAAAUUUAAAUAUUAUAAUUAAACACCCAAUGAAAUAAUAAUUUAAAACAUUCUAUCAGCGUUUUAAAUAAAAGUUAACUCUAGUAACAAUCCAAGAAGAGACAAAAAGGGAGAGAAUCCUACACAGAAACUCCAAGUGGCGCGAUUUGCGUACAUAGACUUUUUUUUAUAUGAAGUAGAAUUGAACAAGAGUAGGUCUUUCACUACUGUAACUUUAACUAAGACAUUAUGUUAAAACAAGAUGUUAAAAUUUUGAAGUCAUUAAAAUGUUAUAUAGUAUAACUAACUUGUAGCUAUAAUAUAGGCUACAUUUUAAGGUCUACACUCGGCUAGUUUUGGGUUAUCGGUAAGUCUGGCGAUGUCUUCUACAGUAUAUAUGUCAUGGUGGUUCCCCAUAUCAACUACUGCCUAUAGUUCCAUAUUAACAAAAAUUAAAUUUUUUAGCUUUGAAUUUAUUUGAUACAAGUUUGUUUUCCCUCAUUUUUAUUUUGUCAUAAAAGUGGGGAAAGUUAUGGAUAAAUGUGCCAUGAAAUGGCAACAUGAUAGAAAUGAAUAUCAUCUGGCAUGGGUACUUUUAUUUUCACCAAAGACAGUACUUUUAGUGUGUAUCUUUUUUUUUAAUACUGAUAAUGCUGAUAUUCAAGUUGGGGUAUCAGGAAGGAUAUGUUUCUUUUUUUUUUCAUUUCUUUUUAGCCUUAUAAGUUGCAUAUUAAAAAAAAAAGCAAUGGAAGGUUUCAUUACAAUACUUUUCAUUUGAACUUUAUUGAUCAUCAGAUUGAGUGUAUGACUGGAAUAAUGUUCAGUGAAGUACGGGAAAGUUAUCAUACGCAUCAUUCAGGUCCAGAUAUUGGUCAAUCCAUUCUAAGUCCAGUGUUGGGAUUCCCCAAAAUGACAUCACUGCACUUAGGGUGAGACAACUCUUGGCAAAACCAAUACAGCUAACCCAAAUUUAUCCACCUAAAAAAAUUAAUUUGACUCAGUGUCUGGUCUCUGGUGUCCUCUUAAAAUAAUGAAAUACUAAAUUUGGCCUAUACUUUAAACAAAGAUGAAAGUUAUGCAGCACUCAAAGUUAACAAUUAACUUUUGGGUUGAAAUUUAAUUUAAAAUUAUUCUUACUAUUGAUCUGCUUCAAUCUAGAAAGCCAUUGAGGUAUGAAUUUUCCUUGGUAACUACAUUCAGUGGCAAAGACACCAUAAUUGUGCACUUCUGUGCAUUUCAUUUACAAACACAUAUUAUCCUAAAUAUAUGGUUCUAUUUUCAGCUUCAGGAGGCUCUGGCUGCUGGCAUAGUUAAACCAGGACUUAUUGUUGAAGAACAAAGAAAGACUUUUCUUAAUAACAAGGUAAGUACUUUGAAUAAAGACAAAUCAGGAUUUUAUUGUUUUAGAAAAAAAAAAUUUCGACUACAAUCUGUAAAAUUUUGCAUGAUAAACUUUCCUUCACAAGGUUAAUGGCAUAUCAUAAUGGUGCAUCAACUUUAACACUCUGUUAUUCAAAUAUUUAAGAGUACUGAUCUUGUAGUUUUUAUUCUUUCUAGGAAGGUCUGAAAGAUAAAUUCAAAGAAUUUUCACUUGACAGUUUGAAAUGGAUUGAAAGAUUGGAACUUACAAAUGAUCCUGCACCAACAUUAGGAAUAAAUGAAACAGAUGGUGACAAGUUACAAAAUGAUGACUUCAACAGAGAGCUUACAUUGUGAGUUUCUUCAUUCAUUAAUGUAUCUUAAAUAAUGGAAACAGUUUUUCAAGUCUCAUAAAAAAACAGCAGGGUGAUGUUUUUUUUUUUAAAAGUUUAUUUUGUUAUAGUUAUAAACAUAUGUAUUCUUUCUAUGCAAAUAAGAUUGAAGGUAGAGUUUUCUUAAUGGUGAUUAAUCAUAAUGAUAAAAAAAUGUUUUUAAUGAAUCACUUUCUUCCUUUUUUUCUUUUUUUUUUCUUUAGCUACAAGCAAGCACAGGCUACAGUUUUGGAAGGUCUUGCAAGACUUGCAAAGUUGUCAGUACCGACCAAGCGUCCCGAAGAUUACUUUGCCGAAAUGGCGAAGUCAGAUGAUCAUAUGAAGAAAGUAAGCUCAUGAACUAGAAUUCUGCUACAUUUAAUAGGAUUAAUACUGUGUGCUUCUUUGUUUAUUUCUAUAGUGUUAAUGAUUGCAAAUUCGUCUAUUUUUUAAAAUUAUGAAUUAUUAUUCGAUUGUUUUUUGUUUUUUCAGGUUCGAGCAAAAUUAUUGGAGAAGAAGACAUCAUUAGAAAAAUCUGAAAAGGCCAAGAAGCUAAGGGAAAUGAAAAAAUAUGGAAAGAAGGUUUGUAUUGCCUUACAUUUUAUAUAGAUUCCAAAGUAAUGUUUAUAGUUUCCUCACAUUUAGAAUUCAAAUAUAUGACCUUUUCCAUAAUCACUUAUGGGAAUUCCAAAUGUCGAAUCUUAGAUUUCCUUUUUAUAAAUAAUAAUAUAAUUUAAAUGGAAUUGUAUAUAGGGUGGUGCACAUAUGACGCCCAUAUUUUGUUAAAUUUUGGUCGCCAUCUUUAUAUUUUAAUUAUUUUUCAGUGGUUCCUGGUUUUAUAAAAUAACAAAAAUAACCCAAAAAAAAUUGAAUUCACAUUUAAGAUUUGUUAGUGAAAAACAGGGGGUUAUGCAAAUGAUUCCUGGUUCCAAAUAAAACAUGGAGUUAAAUAAGUAUUAAUCGACUGGACUUACUUAAAAUGACAAGGCUUGUUUCUGGAUAUUUGAGUCAGAUGUAAUUGUCACAACAGGACACCUCAACAUGAUGGAGCUCCUUCAAACACAUCAAGAAACUCUAUAACCUUUUUCAUUGGGAGAAUGUGACCUUUAUCGAAUGAGACAUGUGGCCCCCCCAAAAGCUCUGACCUAAUUUCAGUAGAUUAUGCUAUUUGGGUUGCCUUGAAACAAAAAGUCUACCUUAGGGGAAAAUAUGAAAUAAAAUAACAACUUAAAUUGGUCGUUGUUCAGGAGUGGCAAAAGUUUUAUCAGUGGUUUACAAUAGACGGGGAUCAUUGACCAGUGGCACAGCUGUUUAGAACAAUUCUAUUCAGAAUGAGGAGUGCACACUGAUUUUGAUUAUAAUAAAUUAACUUUUAGAAAAUUUUACUUUUUUAGAAGUUAUAAGUAACAACGAAAGAAAAUUAUUUGAAAUCAUACUACAAGACUGUCCCACUUUUUAUGUGCUGCCCUAUGUAUAAGAAAUGAAAAAAACACUUUGUCGAAAUAUAUUUACAUUUUAGUUAUUUUUAACUCUUUAGGCACAACAAGAGGUACUUCAGAAGAGACAGAAAGAAAAGAAAGAAAUGCUAGAGUCUGUCAAGAAGUUUAGAAAAGGUCAGACUAUAGCUGCAGUGUAAUGUUUUACAAAGGAUAAAUAAGUCACUAAAUUAUUUUUUAUCCAGCUUGGGAAACGGCCUUCCCCCUCCCUCAUGACUUUCAUAUUCUAUAGCGUACAAUCUAAUAUUGAACUCAUUUAAUUGGAAUGUUUUCCAAAGAUUAACUUUGAGCUGCUCAUGUAAUAACUGAUUAGGGUGAUUAAUGAGUCUUGGUACCUAAGAAUUAAGAUGGUCAAACUCACAGAAGUGACCCAGGUAAUCAGUCUUUAAGAGAAACUGUUGUCACUCGCGUAUUUUUGUGUGUGGUUGAGGGUGGGGGUGUUGAAUGAAGCUAGUUUAUAAUUUUCAUUUAAUUGGCGGUCCAUUAUUUUACUAGAGGUGUUGUAAAAUUUAUCAUAUUUAAUUAAAACAUCAGCUAUUGAAGUUUAAAAAUGAAUGAAAAUUUGUGGGAUAAAAAUCUGCUGUCUGCACUAUCGAGAAACCACACACACAAAAAAAGUUCUAAUUGUUUACUUUCAAAAUACAUAUUUUCUUGACAUUUUUGCUUUUAUCAAGGUCAAAUUGACAAGAUUAAUUUAUUUGAUGAGCCUAUUGAGAGGCAACCCAAACAACAGCAGCAGCUUAAGGGGAAACAGCAGUUUACGUAAGUACACAUUUGCCUUAACUGAAAUUUCAUCUCUGCCAAGGUUACAAAUCUAUUUGGCUUGUCUGCCUACAUUUGAGUUUGUCUAAUUUGUGUAUUCAAUAAAGUAAAUUCAUUUUAUUCAAAUCCUCGGCACGGAAUGAAAAAGUUAAAGCUGAUAAAUGAUUUGCUAGAAUUUAUUAAAUCUAUUCUUAUGCUGUGUGUAUAUAUAUAUAAUUAUAUUUAUAUGUAUGUCUCCUAAAUAAUUUUUUUUUUUAACCAAAUUUAAUAAAUCAUAUGAAACUUAUAGCAAACCAAAGGUACCGGUAUGGAAAACUUCAGAAAUUAUACCGAUUCCAAAGAAAAAUAAAGCCACUUGUAAAACAUGUCGCACUUGCCUCAAUUUUAAUUAAAUGUUUUGAAAAAUCUAUUCUCAGACAAAUUUUAAAUGAAGUACCGGUACAAAAAAAAAUUGAAAAGGACCAAAUUCUGUAUUAAAAAAGUCAACCAAAGACUUUUCUCUCUUAAAAUUUAAAAUAUCAGCGUAAAUAAACAAGUUAUUAACGUAUUAUACAGUACAACAAUUUGAAGCCUAUUACAAUUCAGUAUUAUUAUUGCUGGUGUGGGAAUUCAUCAUCAUUGUCUGAUAUCAAACGCUGAUUAAAUAGACUAAUCAAUAAAGCCAGUUAUAUCACACAAAUUAAACAUCCUUCACUUGAAGAACUAUUCAAGGAAAGAUGCUGUUGUAAAAAUUUAAAAAAGAUAAUGGAUCACACAUCACACCAUCUUUAUCACAGAUAAAUAAGAUCAGGGUGAAUUCUUUCCUUUAAAAUUCGGACAGAAAGAUAUACAAAUUCUUGGCUCCCCAGUCUGUGAGAAUUUACCAGCGGGCUCCCCCAGUGGUUACCAUAUCUAAAUGAUAACUAAUUAACUCAUUACUAUUACUUAGGAUGUUCAUUUUUGAGUGUGUGUGUAUAUAUGAUGGCUGAUUUUUACACUAGAGGAAUACUUGAGUCGUUUUGGGUUUAAAUUGUUAUAAUUCUAAAAUGUUGUAUUGUUUGAAAUAUGUGUUUAUUUAUGUGCAGAGAAUGAAUAUGUUUACUUACUUAUGCCUUUCUACCCCGUCUGGGGCAUAGGCCGUCUACAAGAACCUUCCACUCAUCACAGUCCUGUGCUUUCCUUUCCAAUUGCUUCCAUGUGUAUCCCAUAUUUUGCGUGUCAGCCUCUAGCUCGUGUCUCCGUGUAUUCUUAGGGCUUCCUCCCUUUCUUUUUCCCUGUGGGUUCCAUGUUAGGCAUUGUCUGGUGGUGCUAUCUGGGGGUUUUCGGAGCAUAUGCCCUAUCCAUCUCCACCUUUUCUUUAUGAUAUCUUCAUCAAUGGGCACCUAGUGUGUCCUUUCUAGUAGAUCUUUGUUAUUGAUAGUAUUUGGCCAUUUGAUUUUCAGGAUCUUUCUAAUGUUUAAUGUAGUCAAAAACAUUUCCAUUUAUUUGGAUCAAUAAAAUAAUCUUAUGUUAUAUUUAUAACAAUGGGAAUUAGCUAGUUUUAAUUAAUCUUAUUAAUUUUUGUUUCCUGUGUGUUUAAAGCAUUAUUUAGUACUAUAAUAUCUGGUAAUAAUUUGGAGUUAAAAAAGUUAAUGUUGCCUGCAGUAAACAAGGGCUGAGGCCAAUACUUCCUAUGAUUAAACUUUAUGAUGCCUAGUGAAUCAGCAAUAAGUUGGUAUUAUUGCCGGGUAUAUAUAUAAAAAUACACACAAAAAUGUAUAUGCAUGUUUUGAAAAUUUCAAUGUAAAAACUUAUCACUUAACUCUGAACUUAUCCGAAAUUUUAUACUUAUUCCCAGGCCUAAUAAAAGAAGAGAAUUUAAGAAUAAAAAAUUUGGAUUUGGAGGACAGAAGAAAAGAUCAAAGUACAACACAGCUGACAGUGCUGCAGAUCUUCGAGAUUUUAGUGCAAGGAAAGCUCAUGGGAAAGGUCCAGCCAACAAAAAGUUCCAGGUAUUUAUUGCUCUUUAUUUUGAAAAAUACAUUGAUCAGCAUGAUUUAUUUCAUUUAUUUUACAUGUGACACCAAAGAUGCAUCUUUAAGUGAAAACUAUAAAUAUAUCAAAUGCAUAUGACACACUUCCUUUCAUUUUUUGGAAAUCUGACGAUACGUUUUUAAAUGUGCUGGUGAUAAAAGUAAAAUAACGCACUUUAUUUACAAAACACAUACACUUUUCAUUUGUAUUUAUCAAAUUUUCAUUCACAUUUUUCAUUGUAUCUCAUUUACAAAACAUUUAUAUAUCUCAGGGAAAAUCACAAGGAAAGAGGCCAGGAAAAAGCAAGAGAAAAGUAAUGAAAAAUAAACGAAAAUAAUUGUAUUGUAAUUUAUAUGGUGUUGUCCAUUUAUUUAAGUGUUGUUUAGUUGACUUUGUUUGUAUUGCCUGCGUUAUAAAUAAACUGACACAGAAUCUAAUAGUUACUAGAAUCUAAGCUGCUAAAAUGAAACACUUUCAGUGGCUACAAAUCAUAUAUGCUUGUAUUUAUUUUCUUGUGCUAUCUUAGAGAACCACUAAAUAAUACAUUUCACUUAUUGUCUGUUUAACCUACCAAUAUUUAAAUUUAAGCAAUCUAACAUCCAACCAUGGUACAAAACAGGUAAUCAACAAAUGAUGACGAAUGUAAUAUUGUACAUAAAAUUUUCACUUAAAAAAUGGAUCUGAGUGAAAAAGUCAAU